UUUCAGUAUAAACAAGGGACCGGACUGGUUAGGUGGAUUAUUUUUUAUUUUUUUCCUUCUUCCCGCCCGCUUUCGCUCGCAGUCCUUUGGCCGCAUUCGUGGGCGCGCGGCAAACAGCCGGGAGGCCGAGGACCCGGGUCGAUCUGCCGGAGUAAAGAAUUAAGAAGUCCAAAUACUUGGUGGCUUUUGGUGCUGAAUCCUUGAAAGGGAACUCUGAAUUACUCAUGUCCACUUUGAGGGAAAGCAUGCCUCAGACUCCUCCCUUUUCAGCAAUGUUUGACAGCAGUGGCUACAACCGAAACCUCUAUCAGUCUCCAGAGGAGAGCUGUGGAGGGUUGUAUUACCAUGACAACAACCUCCUGUCCGGAUCUCUGGAAGCACUCAUCCAGCACUUAGUACCGAAUGUGGAUUACUAUCCGGAUAGAACGUACAUAUUUACCUUCCUGCUCAGUUCUCGGUUAUUUAUGCAUCCGUAUGAGCUAAUGGCCAAAGUUUGCCACCUAUGUGUUGAACACCAGAGACUAAGCGAUCCUAGCUGUGAUAAGAACCAGAUAAGAAAAAUUGCACCGAAAAUCCUUCAACUUCUGACGGAAUGGACAGAAACAUUUCCUUAUGAUUUUCGGGAUGAAAGAAUGAUGAGAAACUUGAAAGAUCUGGCUCAUCGAAUAGCCAGUGGCGAGGAGACGUAUCGGAAGAAUGUCCAACAGAUGAUGCAGGGUCUGAUCCUCAAGCUUGCUGCUCUCAGCCAGUACGAGGAGGUCCUGGCAAAAAUCAGCGCCACGUCCACAGAUCGCCUCACAGUUCUCAAGACCAAGCCACAGUCCAUACAACGGGACAUCAUUACUGUCUGCAGUGACCCUUACACGUUGGCCCAGCAGCUGACUCACAUAGAGCUGGAGAGGCUCAAUUAUAUUGGGCCAGAAGAAUUUGUUCAAGCAUUUGUGCAGAAGGACCCUUUGGACAAUGACAAGACUUGCUACAGUGACCGGAAGAAAACACGAAACUUAGAAGCUUAUGUAGAAUGGUUUAACCGCCUCAGCUAUUUAGUUGCUACAGAAAUCUGCAUGCCUGUAAAGAAGAAGCACCGAGCAAGAAUGAUUGAGUAUUUCAUUGACGUAGCUCGGGAGUGUUUUAAUAUUGGCAAUUUUAACUCGUUGAUGGCGAUAAUCUCUGGCAUGAAUAUGAGCCCAGUCUCUCGACUAAAGAAAACUUGGGCCAAAGUGAAGACUGCAAAGUUUGACAUUCUUGAGCAUCAGAUGGACCCUUCAAGCAAUUUCUGUAAUUACCGAACAGCUCUUCGUGGGGCAGCACAAAGGUCUUUAACAGCUCAUAGUAGUAGAGAGAAGAUUGUGAUACCCUUCUUCAGUCUCUUAAUUAAAGAUAUUUACUUCCUCAAUGAAGGCUGUGCCAACCGCCUCCCGAACGGCCAUGUCAAUUUCGAGAAAUUUUGGGAACUGGCCAAGCAAGUAAGUGAGUUCAUGACAUGGAAACAAGUAGAGUGUCCAUUUGAGAGGGAUCGGAAGAUCUUGCAGUACCUGCUAACAGUCCCAGUCUUCAGUGAAGAUGCUCUCUACUUGGCUUCUUAUGAGAGUGAAGGACCUGAAAAUCAUAUAGAGAAAGACAGAUGGAAGUCUCUAAGGUCAAGCCUCUUAGGCAGAGUUUAACAUAUGGGAUGCUGACUGCUCCUGCCACCACCACCACCAGCUCCGCUGUUGCUGCACUGCCGUCAUGCAGAUCAUUGAGGGGCUGGUCUUUAUUUUCUGGCAUCCAGCACCAUGAGAAAUCCUGAGUACCCCGGUGCCGCUGGAGUGCUCCAGUCAGCAAAGAAAGCAGGUUCACUCCAGAGCAGAUGGGGAACUUAUCUCCCACAGCUGACAGAUUGACUCGGAUUUCAUGAGACUGAAAUGUUCACUGAAGACGCUUGAGAAAGAAUCCUCUAAAGAUCCCAGCUCUGCACAUGAUUCAUCUCCUGGAAUUUCCAUGUGAAUCACAGCUCUGCACCUGGAUGGAGCUUUCUUUUGUGUAUGUGUUUAUUUGGUUGAACAUUUGCUGCUAAUGGGACUUGCCCAGCUGAGUGCUGGCUCUUAGGAAGCCCAUGUUUCUUUGUUAACUUAAUGAAAAAGGGAGAGGAGGGAGGGGAAAAAAAACCCCUCCAUUGAGGUCCCAAAACUCAGCUCUGUCAGUAUUGCCAGAGAGGGAAGAGUGGUUGGAUGCUGACUGCGGAGUUGCUUCCUGUUAGUGUGUGUUGUGUUGUGAAUUCCUCUCCUCCCUCUUCCUACAAGAUUUUGAGUUGGCUGCUGGUUAGCAAACUCGUUUUUACCCAUAUAAGUUAUUUAAUAUAAUAAUGAAGCUCAACACUGUGGUAGGAAAAUAGCCACUAGGAGGAAAGCAAAAAAAGCAAAAAAAAAAAAAAAAAAGCAGAGUUUGUCACUAGACUGCUUAACGUUCUAGAAGGACUUUUUGUUUUCUUUGCCCUUCUGAGCUGUUUACAACAGACCAGUGUAUUCUACAGAUAUAUUUUUUGUUACUUAGUUUUCCAUAACACCUUUUUUUUUCUCUUGUAAAUUUAAAUUAUCUGACAUUAAGUGUCCUGAAAAACCCUACAGCAUAAUUACAAUUCGAAUUUUUCUUUAACAGAUUUUAUGUUUGUUUGUUGCAUUACCUUUUGGAGCCUGUUGAUGACUAAACAUGUGAAAAGAAUAAAUGGAAACUUUAACCCUC